CAUUCUACUACUCUUUUUUUUCUUUUGUGCUGAUUGUUGAAUUAUCUGAGUUAUCGACCAGUACAGACAUUAUCUAUAUUUUUUUGGUACUAUAUAAGCAAUGUGGCUGACGAAAGAUGAUGACAGUUCAGAAUAUGUUGCAGCUGUGCCAAAAUACUUCAAAUCAGACAGACAAAAGAAGUUAUGGAAAUGGAUAGCAAUUGGUGUGGCAGCUGUCAUUAUUAUUGUCAUUGUUGUAGUGGUGGCUGUCGUCGUUACUGAAAAUAAGAGGAAAAGUAGCAGCAAUAACACUGCGUCUGACGGAAUCAAUACAGCCAAUGGACGAUAUCCUAUCUCUCCUUAUUCUCACAUCACCUUGAUGAAAACGUUCAAUGGAACCUCCACCGGUAACAAUUCAAGAGUUUUUGUCAUUGGUGAUGUUCACGGAUGUCUGGAUGAUCUCAACGCACUCGUAACAAAGAUCAAUUACAAUCCAGCAAAUGACAAAAUCAUUUUAGCAGGUGAUAUAGUAGCAAAAGGACCCGAUAGUGUUGGUGUUAUACGGAGAGCGAAAGAAUUAGGGGCUUAUUGUGUUCGUGGAAAUCAUGAUGAUAAAGUUUUGCGUUUAAAGUCGUUUGAGAUGCAACACGGUCGAAAAGCAAUGUUCCCACUGGAUGCUACUAUGCCAGAAGGGAAUGUACCCGAUCCGAUAAAAUUCAAAAAUUACCAUGCAGCCAUUGCAUUAAAUAUGACAAAAGAAGAUUACGAAUAUUUGGUUAAUUGCCCAGUUAUUCUGCAUUUACCCAAUUACAAUGACACAGUAGUGGUUCAUGCUGGCGUUGAUCCAAACCUGAAAAGCUUAGAAGAUCAGAUUCCCUAUCUAGUGAUGAACAUGCGUAAUAUAUACAACUCAGUUCCUACGCCAGAAAAAGAUGUUGGUAUCCAAUGGGCGCAAGAAUGGAAUUCUUUGCAGAAGAAUUUAGUUACCAAUUAUACCAACGUUUUUUAUGGACAUGAUUCUAGUAGAGGAUUGAAUAUUCAAGCGUAUACCUUCGGUUUAGACACUGGUUGCGUCGAGGGAAAAGAAUUAACAGCUAUGGAAAUUUCAACCAGGGAAGUCACUCAAGUGAAGUGUUCUGCUUAUCUAAAGCAUUACACUGAGCAGGAGGAUAUCAUUUAGAAAGUAAAAUUACACAUUAUUCAACCUUAAGCACUGUUUUACUAUUUCAAUACAUGCAAAGCCGUUCCCUUGUAUCAUGCUUACAUUUUACAUAUUGCAUCUCAUGUAUAUUACAUACAUUACAUCUGUACAGAAACUUUUAUUUAUUGUA